CCCACUUGACCGACAAAUACAUUCAUACACCUGAACAAAUAGUCUCCGCCAAUCCGUGGUCAGUGUAGAUUUCUCAUUGGCUGCGCGUAGUCCACGGUCCAAUGCCGGUCGUGAGAAAUGUCCCCGCCCACCGACUGCCCAUUGGUGACUCGGCUGUAGCCUGUGGGCCAAGUGGAUUUACUCCGCGUACACCGCGCCGUCGACGUUUAUCCGCCGAGACCGGAUCGGAUUCAAUCUCGCAGUGGAUACAAGCCAUUUCGUGUAUAGCGUUUAACAUGCACACCGACAAUGUGCUUGGUUUGUUCUCUCGCGCUGCUGCUUAAACAUGCACGAGACCAAUUCUACCUGAGGAACUUGAAUGAUCACUUUUAUAUCUGUACUGGCUAGUUUAACAGCGGAAUCUCUUUUCAUAAUUUUCACACUUUCUUCGCGGUAAGAAGCUCCGUUACCGGAAGGAGUUACCUGUUCCCACGAUAACUGUGUCUUGGGAAUUUAUUUGCUCCACACCGAAUGACCGCCUACAUCGCCAUGUAACAGCCGUUGGCAUCCACCAUCAAGCCGUGCUGUCUUUUUUUUCACAUGGUCCACAAGCGUUUCACCAGUUUCCGGAAUUGUCUGUUGUUGUGUCUGGGUGAUUGUCGAUUUAUAACGUCAGCAUCACUAAUCCGCACUUGAACUGCGUGGAGAGUGGAGAAAAUGACGGGCGACAUGAAGUGCUGUCGAUGCAGUAGGGCGGUGUAUCCUGUCGAUCGUAUUGGACCCUUGAAGAACAUGACCCAUGUCUUCCACCGUCACUGCUUCAAAUGCUCCGUCUGUGGCAGCAUUCUUACCCUGAAAACGUACGUAACCAGUCAGCUGGACGCCAACGACCGGGAAGUGUACUGCCAGAAUCAUGUUCCGAAAACGGGUGCCGGCCACAUCGAUUCGGACUGUAUUGGCAUUAAAGGACUACUUGUACACCGCCAAGCCCAGGCGGAUGACAAUGCCGCACGCAAAAUGAACGACAUGGGUGGGCAUUUUGAUGCGGGGGCUCUGCAUAUUUCGCACGCCCUCAACGCCACCGAACUGCAGAAAGGAUAUAAACGUGCAGCUAAUGAAACGCCCCUUUAUUCGUUUCUGGAUAUCGAGGCGCAAAAAGAACUGGAGAUGAAACUACGAAAAGAAGAAGAGGAAAUGUACCAGCAGUUUCUGGCGGAGCGGAAACAAAAAGAGAACAUGAUCAACGAAGAAAUCAAGGCUGAAUGGGAAGUGGCACUGGAAGAGUUGACGGCGAAAUUUGAGAAGGAACUGCAUCACAAGAAAAAGAAGAUUUCACCGGAAGAGCAGAAGAAUCUCACGCACCGGCAUUUAAAGGAGAAGGAGGAUCUGGAGAAGUUCAUGACACUAAAGCGCGACAAAAAGAAGGAGUCGGUAACGCGGAAGCUGCUGGAGAUCGAACGCAACACCACCGCCGAUCUGAUCGACAAACAAAGCGCCCAAAUGAUGGAAUUCAUCACGGCUAAGCGUAUGGAAUAUCAGUCCAAUAAGAAAGAUCAUUCCCUGGCGGAAGGCGCCGAUGAAAAUCGUAAAAUCAAUGGCGUAAACGGUCAUUCGAAUUCGUCGGCGGCGCACGGCCACAGUAAAUCCAAUGGACACAGCAACGGCAGCGCCAACGGCGGUGCGGACAUCCGCAACGGUUCCCAUGCCGGCUCGAGCUCACCCGAAUCCGAGAGCAUGGCAUAUCCGCUGAUUCCACCGCCGCCCGCACCGCCGGUCUAUGGCAAGUCACACAUCUACAAGGACCCCCACGUCUUCAGCCAGGUCGAUCAAGUGGCCAUCAAUGUUGCCCAAGGUGACCAGAAGACGUUUACCGACCUAAUAUCCAACCUGAUUAUCGCCUCCAGUACAGACGUAGAAAAAGCGCGUGCAAUAUUUCGAUGGAUCACAGUAAAAAAUCUGAACCUCAUGGAAUUUGACGACAAUGUGGGAGCGGACACGCCCAUGGGAAUCUUACGAGGCAUUAAAUACGGAACGGAAAGUUAUCACGUUCUUUUCAAACGCCUGUGCAGUUACGCCGGUCUGCACUGCGUGGUAAUCAAAGGCUACUCGAAAUCCGCCGGCUACCAGCCGGGUGUCUCCUUCGACGACAACCGUUUCCGCAACUCCUGGAACGCCGUCUACGUGGACAACGCCUGGCGCUUUGUCCAGUGUAACUGGGGCGCCCGGCAUCUGGUCAACGCCAAGGAGGUGCCCAAGAUGAACGGCCGGGUGCCCAAUGGGAAAUCCGCGCACGGUGACAGUCUGCGCUACGAAUACGAUGACCACUACUUCCUCACCGAUCCCGAAGAGUUCAUCUACGAAUUCUACCCACUGCAGAGUGAGUGGCAGCUGCUGCGCCGGCCCAUCACCCUCAACGAGUUUGAGCAGUUGCCCUUUGUCCGGUCGCUAUUCUUCCGGUACGGGCUGUGGUUCCCCGAUGAGACGACCAAAGCUGUGAUCCCCACUGAUGCGUCGGGCGCGGCGACGGUUAGGAUAACCAUGCCCCUGGAGAUGACUAAUAGACUGAUUUUCCACUAUAAUCUGAAAUUCUACGAUCGCGAAGGCGAAGCAUGUCCCGACGGUGUUCUCCUGAAACGCUUCGUCAUGCAGUCCGUCGUGGGCAACAGCGUCAUCUUCCGCGUGCACGCUCCCCUGGCCGGAAGCUACCUCCUGGACAUCUUCGCCAACGCCGUAACCCCAGCCGAGUACUUAGCCGGUGACCCGAUGAAAUUCAAAUCCGUGUGCAAGUUCCGCGUCGACUGCCGGCAACUGCAGACGGUCAUGGUGCCCCUUCCCGAAUGCGCUAGCGGGGAAUGGGGCCCUGCCAAAGCUACCCGGCUCUUCGGCCUGGUGCCGUUGACCCACGAGGACGCCCUCAUCUUUGCCGGUCGGGAACUGGAGAUCCGCUUCCGGAUGCAGCGCCCGUUGACGGAUUUCAUGGCGGGACUGCAUAAGAACGGACUGGACGAUAAGCGCCUGGCGAAACACGUCCAGCACAUGGUACAGGGGGAUCUGGUGUCGUUCCACAUUAUCUUUCCGGAAGAUGGACAGUAUGGGCUGGAUGUAUAUACCCGAGACGCGGCGGCGGCGGUGACGGGAGGGUCAGGGCGGGGCUAUGACGAGCGACCGGUGGAUAAGCAGCAGCUGCUGACGCAUUGCUGUAAAUAUUUGAUUAAUGUGACGCGGCGGCACUGAACGCCCGCCCGCGGGGCUGAAAGGUAUUUUUUUGUGCGGGGGAUCCUGUCAGGGUUAAUUGUGAGGCUUAUAUGCUUGUCUUGCUGCUGAUUAACGGCAAAUAACAUUAUGGUGGCUCUUUUUGCUUGUAGACUAUAGAUUCUGAAACUGGUGCGGCUGUGUAUAUGUAUUCUUCAUUGCAAAUUCUAAUUACAGAAAUUUAUUGUGGUAAAACUAAAACUGACUGUAAAUUGUAAAACAAUAAACGUGGUCGAUUACUGCA